UAGCUCUGAAUGUGUUUUUGUUAUUUCGAUUCUGAAAUUUAGUCACAUUCGAAACAUUGUUUUUGUUUUAUAUUUGUCAACAAUGAGUUAUAAUCGUAAAGUCUCAUAUUUUUAUAAUCCAAACGUUGGAAAUUUUCAUUAUGGACCAGGACACCCAAUGAAACCACAUCGACUUUCAGUAAUUCAUAGUCUCGUUCUCAAUUAUGGACUUCAUAAAAAAAUGCAAAUUUAUCGUCCGUAUCGCGCAAGUACACACGAUAUGUGUCGUUUCCAUUCCGAUGAAUAUGUUGACUUUCUACAACGAGUGACACCCCAGAAUUUACAAAACUAUACAAAAUACUUGAGUCAUUUUAAUGUUGGAGAUGAUUGUCCAGUUUUUGAGGGGCUUUUUGACUUUUGUUCAAUGUACACCGGAGCUUCGCUGGAAGGAGCUACAAAACUCAACAAUAAUUGUUGUGAUAUUGCUAUAAAUUGGAGUGGUGGUCUUCAUCAUGCUAAAAAGUUUGAAGCUUCUGGGUUUUGCUACAUCAAUGAUAUUGUUAUAGCGAUAUUAGAAUUACUCAAGUACCAUGCAAGGGUUCUUUACAUAGACAUUGAUGUUCAUCAUGGAGACGGAGUCCAAGAAGCAUUUUACUUGACUGAUAGAGUAAUGACUGUUUCUUUUCAUAAAUAUGGUAAUUAUUUUUUUCCCGGUACUGGAGAUAUGUACGAAAUCGGAGCAGAAAGUGGAAGAUAUUAUUCUGUCAACGUACCCUUAAAAGAAGGAAUUGAUGACUUAUCUUAUGUUCAAGUUUUCAAACCUGUAAUUUCCCAUGUCAUGGAAUUUUUUAGACCUACUGCUAUUGUACUUCAAUGUGGAGCAGAUUCAUUGGCAAAUGAUAGGUUAGGAUGUUUCAGUCUCAGCACAAAAGGACACGGGGAGUGUGUCAAAUUUGUUAAAGAUUUGAAUAUUCCUUUACUUACAGUUGGAGGAGGAGGUUAUACUUUACGGAAUGUUGCUAGAUGCUGGACCUAUGAAACAUCUUUGUUACUGGAUGAACAAAUUAGCAAUGAACUUCCUUAUACCGAAUAUUUAGAAUAUUUCGCACCUGAUUUCACUUUACAUCCUGAUGUUGUAAAUAGGCAAGAUAAUGCAAACAGCAAACUAUACUUAGAAGCAAUUACACGUCAUGUAUACGAAAACUUAAAAAUGGUUCAACAUUCACCAAGUGUUCAAAUGCAAGAUGUACCAUACGAUGUUUUACCUCCUGAGGAAGAUCGACAACCAGAGUCUGAUCCUGACUCGCGAGCCAAUGUACAAGAUAUGGACAAAAUUGUAGAACCACCAAAUGAAUAUUAUUCCGGUGAUAAAGAUCAAGAUAAAAUGGAAGUUGCAGAAUCAUAGUCAAGGAACUUUGUUUUGUUCCUCAAUAAUAAUAAAUCAUUGUACAUUAUACUAAAUAUUUUAGUAGAUACAUACAAAUUAAAAUAUUACAUCAAUAUGACAUUUUAUUAUAAUUUUUUUUUUUAAAUCACAAAUUUGUUACAUAAUUCUUUUUCGUAAACUUGUAAAAAGUAGAAAAUAAUUGUAGCAAAAUUAUGCUCAAAUUCUUUUAAUAUACUUUUAUAAGAUUUAAGAUUUCGUAAUAAGAUAUUCAGAAAUCACUUUGAUAUUUAUUUCUUUUUCCAUGAGAUGAAAAAAUAUGACAGAUUAUAAUGAAAUUUGGUGUUAUUAUGAAAUAAAUUUUUUACAUUUAAUUAGAAUUUAAAUAUUUGAACAAGAGAAUCUACACUCGAAGUCAGUUAAAUAGCCGUUCAUUAUAUAUCCUCCCACUUCCCCUCGAACGUUGCCUUUACUAUUGAUGCGUCAAAAUGAGGGCCAGAAUAUUAUCCAAUAGAAUUAUCUUUUGAAAUGAGAUAUUCAUGAAGAGCAAUUAAUUGAUAAUACAAAACCCGAGAUUCGGUCCAGUAAAAAUUAAAAAAAAAUGCCGUUUGACUAUACCCAGAAUGGAAAGUUUCGAGAAGGGACCACAUCAACUGAAAAAAAUUCUUGUGGAAAAUUACAUUUUUAUCUUUCAAGAUUUGUACAAAGAACCAUUUAGACUUGAUAGCGAUCAUACGAAAUCGAUUAUUACACCUUCGAAGCGCCGUAAAAAGUUAACUAAUCAAUUAAAAAUUUAAUUACAAAAGUGUUAAGUCAUACUUACUUCAUGAGCUACAAUACGAAUUUUACAAAAUUUAGUUAUGUAUUAUCAUUUAGAAGUAAUUAGAAGAUACAGCUGUGAAAGCUAAUUUUUUCAAUUUUUUUUUUUUUUUUAAUUUUCAAGACUAAAAUCGUUUAAAAAAACCGUUAAAAAAAAACUUAACAAGAGAAAUUAAAGCAAAUCUCACGGAGUCUAAGUUGAGUUUUACUUAAUCAAGUAAUAACUUUCAAUUUAAAAGUUAUUCAAUGAU